AGAAGACCGCGCAGAGGGGCCCAUCGUGACGGCAGCAUCCUGAAGUAGUAACUGUUGAAUAGCAGAGUGCUGAAAGGAUUGUUUGGUUAUGGAUGGGAAGGCCAUGGGAAGAAAGAAUUGUCAUGCAAAAACUUUUUUUUUCGCCCAAAAAGUCUUCGAAACAUGUCUAAUAGCAGUCUUCAACAUCCAUUCAACAACGCAUUCAACAAGCGAUAAACAAGAAAGGAGUAGGGCUAUUCUUCUGAGAUGAGGUGUUGGAUGAUGCUUUGUGCAUAUAACCAGGCGGCUACCCAGUUUUAUUUUUAUUUUGGCAUGUCCGGACGCGUCACCAUCAACAAUAGGAGCUCGCUCUUUUUACUCUUUACUCCCUCCAUCCGCACACACAAAGGCACACUACUUCUCCAUUCACAGGCACGACCUUUCUCCGCUACCAACAGGUACCCAUCCAUGGCGGCGAACGCACUCACCCUAUUCUGUCUCGUCGACGGCGAGUCCACAGCCAACGUGUUCUUGGUCAAGGCAACAUCCAUAUCAACCAUUGCCGAACUCAAGGACCUCAUCAAGGCCAAGAAGACACCCAGGUUUGACGACAUCGCAGCAGAUGAGCUUGCCAUCUGGCGCGUCUCGAUUCCCAUUGUUGCUGCCGAAAUGCGCGAGCCAGUCAUCCUUGAUUCCCUUGAUUCCAAGGAGGAGCUCGGCCCAGCAAUGGACCUUUCCGAGGUGUUCAAGGAAGAUGUACCAAGGAAGACCAUCAACAUCAUCGUGCAACGACCACCCCCGCCAGCUCCUAAAAGAGACAGUGAAGAGGAUGCGGGUGGGUAUUAUUGAUCCUUUCUAACCACCUCUUUGUCUUUCAUUCAGUCAUUUAUGAACACAGCUGACGUUACUUAUGACAUUUGUCGCCUUGAUGCAAUGUUUAACCCGUGUAAAAAAUAUAUGAUAUAUAGACUUGAAGUUUAUGCCGAAGAACAAGAGAUCCGUAUUAUCGAAAGCUGGAAGCCAUAUAAGGCUUCCAACGGAA